GUAAAUGUUCAACAUAUAUUAUUUUGUUCCGCUCGUUUUAACACGAAACACUCUCCUGCUGAUCAAGACGCGCCUGCUACCGGCACGCAGUUCAAAAACGGGAAGCGGAGUGAUACAAUACACACGAUCGUUGUCCCUCGUUGUCAAACCAAGGGAGGGUAGGCUACCUGAGCGAACAAGUCGCGUAGGUUGGGAAUGAAUAUAGAAAUUGGAGCAGAUAAUUGUCAUUUGAUGUGCUGAAAUGACAGUUUUCAAUGCGGGAUCUAUAUCAUUCAGUUGAUUACAGCUGUUCCAUUGCAACAGCUGCUGAUGGUUUUUUCCGUUUGUUCUUUUGGACGAUAAAAAGAUGAGCAUUGUAGUACUCCGUUACAGUGCCUAAGUUGUCAGUGAGCUGUCGGGGCGUGGCGGCAUGCGAUCCCCCUGAGCAAGACAGCGCCCUCCAGAGGUGACAGCAGGGAGGACAGGCAGCAGGAUGCCAGUGCAGGCGGCCCAGUGGACAGAGUUCCUCUCCUGCCCCAUCUGCUACAACGAGUUCGACAGCAGCGGCCACAAGCCCAUCAGUCUGGGCUGCUCGCACACUGUGUGUAAGACCUGUCUCCACAAGCUGCACCGCAAGGCCUGUCCGUUCGACCAGACAGCCAUCAACACUGACAUCGACCUCCUGCCAGUCAACAGUGCCCUGCUACAGCUGGUGGGAGCUCAGGCUGUGGAGUCCCAGGCUGUGACUCUGAGCAGUGCUGUGGAGGUAGGGCACUAUGAGGUGUGCAGGGUGUGUGUGGAGGAGCUGGCUCUCUAUCUCAAACCCAUCAGUGGAGGAAAAGGUGUGGUGACCCUCAGUCCGAGCGUGCUCAGUCGGCCCAUGCAGAGGAAGCUGGUGACACUCGUCAACUGUCAGCUGGUGGAGGAGGAGGGGCGGUUGCGGGCGGUGCGGGCGGGCAGGUCGCUAGGGGAACGUACCGUCACAGAGCUCAUCCUGCAGCACCAGAACCCACAGCAGCUCUCUGCUAACUUGUGGGCCGCCGUCAGAGCACGGGGAUGCCAGUUCCUGGGGCCUGCCACGCAGGAGGAUGCUCUGAAGCUGGUACUGUUGGCGCUAGAGGACGGCUCAGCUCUGUCCAGGAAAGUUCUUGUCCUUUUUGUGGUCCAGAAGCUGGAGGCUCGGUUCCCUCAGGCCUCCAAAACCUCCAUAGGACAUGUGGUCCAGCUACUCUACAGGGCCUCCUGCUUUAAGGUGACCAAGCGUGACGAGGACUCGUCGUUGAUGCAGCUAAAGGAGGAGUUCCGUGCAUACGAGGCGCUGCGUCGCGAGCAUGACGCCCAGAUCGUACACAUCGCCUUGGAGGCGGGGCUCCGUAUCUCCCCUGAACAGUGGUCCUCUCUGCUCUAUGGAGACCUCAUCCACAAGUCACACAUGCAGUCUAUCAUCGACAAGCUCCAGUCCCCAGAGUCCUUUGCAAAGAGUGUCCAGGAGCUGACGAUAGUUCUACAGAGAACAGGAGACCCAGCCAAUCUGAACAGCCUCAGACCACACCUGGAACUACUGGCCAACAUCGACCACAACCCAGAUGCAGCGGCGGCUCCGUGUUGGGAGGAGCUGGAGAGUGUGAUGCUGGCGGUGAAGGUGGUCGUUCAUGGUCUGGUUGAGUUUAUACACAACUUCAGUAGGAAGAGCCAUGAGACAGCACAGCCACAGCCCAACAGCAAAUAUAAGACCAGUAUCUGUCGAGACCUCCGGCAGCAGGGUGGCUGUCCCCGAGGAUCCAACUGCACCUUCGCACACACACAGGACGAGCUAGAGAAGAACAGAAUGAGAAACAAGAAGAUCAGUGGCGUGGGCCGGCCCUUCCUCCUGGCCCAGGGGAGUAUGGGUAGUGGUCUGAGUAUGGAGGGGGGCGACUCAGGAGAGGAGGCCUGCACUGGCGGCCUGAAGAGCUCAGACAGUGGGGGGUCAGGGUCCCUAAAGGAGGGGGCCACACCCUCCCAGCUCAUGCCCAGGGGAGAGGAUAUGAUGGAGGAGAUGAAGAGGGAGAGGUCUGUACUUAACGGAUCCACAGGCUCCAGCCGAUCCUCAUCUGGCUCUAUGGAACAGAAGUCUAUUUCUCCUCCAAAGACACCAGUCAAUUCCUCCUCAGCUCCUUCUCCCUAUGGCCCAGGGUCUAGACUAGAGUGUGACUCUGCACACCCCAAACAGGCCCAGUACCUAAUGAUAAGACCCCUUCCUCAGCCACCUCCCCACCAACCUCAGUCCUCUGAACUGUGUUACCAGGACCCCCAACCUCCCUACGACGUGCAGCCCUACCAGCCAGCCAGUAACUACUACCCCUCUGCGAUACACCACCACAAACCCUGCGUGGCUCGCUUCCUCCGUUCCAGCCAUGUCCCAGAGUCCUCUCUGCCUCCCUCCAUGGCCCCUCUGUACUCAGAGCAGUACCCCUCCUUGCCCCCACCACGGGAGCACGCUGGUCCCUCUCCCUACGGUCCCUCAUCGGUCCCCCAGUACGGGCCCCUGGUCCCAGCCCACGGUGGCUACGCUCCCCUGUAUGACAGCCGGCAUAUGUGGAGGCCCCAGCUGUACCACCGAGAGGACGCCAGGAGUAACUCGCUGCCUCCCGAGGUGCUGCACUCCUCUGUGUACCAGCCCCCCCUUCGAGAGAGAUACGCCUCCCUGGACAGCCCCUACUGCUCAGCGGGGGAGCACAGAGCAGCACUGCACAGGAACUCUUAUGGGCGUUUUCCUCUUGGAUGCGAGGAUCUGUUCAGGCGGAAACAGGAGCAGUGGGCACACCAUCACCACGGCAACGUGAACAGGCCCUCCCAGUCCUCCCCCGUCUUCACCGUACACUUUGGUGCAGAGCAUGAUGACGGUGGUGGUGGUCAGUGUAUGAACUGUAAGUUCCGUGGAGAGGAGAAUCUGUCCCACUACUCUCCCUGGUCCUGUGGAACCAUCAGUACCUGCAUCAGCCCCUUUGAACCAGAGCAUCACAAGGCCUCAGCUCACUCCCGCUCCGAAAACUUAGAAGUAGACAAUGGUGAAAGGACGCGGUGGCUACACACGUUUGAGCCCUACCGCCGUCUGAAAGACGAGGACCCCAGCAUACCGUUUGAGUACUACCGCCGUCUGAAAGACGAGGACCCCAGCAUACCGUUUGAAACCUACCGCCGUCUGAAAGAUGAGGACCCCAGCAUACCGUUUGAGCCCUACCGCCGUCUGAAAGACGAGGACCCCAGCAUACCGUUUGAGCCCUACCGCCGUCUGAAAGACGAGGACCCCAGCAUACCGUUUGAAACCUACCGCCGUCUGAAAGACGAGGACCCCAGCAUACCAUUUGAUCCCUACUGCCGUCUGAAAGACAAGGACCCCAGCAUACCGUUUGAGCCCUACCGCCGUCUGAAAGACGAGGACCCCAGCAUACCGUUUGAGCCCUACUGCCGUCUGAAAGACGAGGACCCCAGCAUAUCGUUUGAGCCCUACUGCCGUCUGAAAGACGAGGACCCCAGCAUACCGUUUGAGCCCUACCGCCGUCUCAAAGACGAGGACCCCAGCAUACCGUUUGAGCCCUACCGCCGUCUCAAAGACGAGGACCCCAGCAUACCGUUUGGAGAGGGGCCCAUCAUACCGUUUGGAGAAGGGCCUAUCAUCUCCAAAUGGGGGGUGAUAUCCCGCGCCUCCCGUACAGGAUACCACACCACUGACCCGGUUCAGGCCACAGCCUGCCAGGGAAGCAACAGCACCAUCCCCAUCAACUUCAGAGAUUAUGGUCCACACAUCGGCCAUGGGGACUACAGGUGGAGCUCCGGGGGGUCUGACUCUUCCAGCCACUCCAGUUUCCUAGAGGGUGAACAGCUAGCCACCCUUCGGCGGUCCUUCAGCAGUGGAGAGAAGGUUGGUGCAGGAGACAUGCUGCAGACUGACUACUGUAAAGACACGACAGAGCAUCAACUGGACAGAGACGUAGAACUGGAGCUGUCAGUACUAGACGUAGAGGACACUGUCCUGCAGGACAACAGUCAACAGUCUGAGAAGCCCCUGGAGCUGAGAGAGCCCCACCUCCUCACCCCUCCCAGCAGUGAACCCAUGAGGACACAGACAGACAAGCUGUCAGCAGACAAGAUGGAAGCUCAACUACUGAAGAAGAUGGCCUUCAGGAGGUCUCUCUCCCCUGGAGGUCUGGGCUCAGGAGGCCUCAGCGUGGGGAAGCUGAUGAUGAGGACCGGCCCUCUGAGACUGGGGGACAUGGGCCCUUGCCCUAACACAGGCCCUGAGAUGCUGCUCAACGGGAACUGAGAGGGCAAACACACCUCACCGCCACGCCUGGGGGUGCCGAAGGUGGUCCCGAGCAUUGGUACCGGCCCAGCGCUACACAGCUCCUACACCUGCUGUCACAGUAACAUCUUAGGGUUGUAUAGGCCUGUAUCAUCAGACAGCGAUAAGGUCUCACCCCACUAAUAUCACCAGUCUGAGGGCAUAUUAUAUACAGUAUGCUACUUUAGACCACAGGUAGUGUUGUUUCAAACAUGACAAAGAGAGAUGAAUAGUUCAGACACACACACACACACCAGUAGCCUCCGUCGCAUUUACUCUUUUCUCAUCUCGGCAGGGUCUUUUUUUGAUCAAGUGUUUGUUUGGGUGUGCUGCUCGCUCUCCACUUCCUAUAAUGAUGGUGAUGAUGGUGUUUAUCAUGCUUCACAUGGCAUCCAAUAGUUUUCUUUUUGUUAGUUCUACAAUGUUUCCAAGGUAACAAAGGUGUUCAGCACUGUUGUGUGUGUGUAUGCGAUCAGCAUCUGUUGACAUUGAGCUGAUGACAAUAACAGCACAUUACCAUGCAUUUGUAGUCAUAGGAAGGAUAUUUGCCUCUCGAAAAAUUCAAAGUCUUUACUUUGAAAAAAAAUAGCGCUAAUUGAACAGGGUUUGUAGGUCUUAAAAGAGGACGAUGAACAGGAAGAGAUGGAGGAUACCAACACUAGAUGUUGCUCUAGUCCAACUCCCAUCUACUUUAGACAUUGUAGUAGCCUAUCAAAGGUUCCUAAGGCUUGGCCGUGUUAUCCUGUGUGACGUGUCAUUUGUUGGUCUCAAGCAUUUCAUAGAUGAGAUUCAAGACGAUGACGAUCAAUCAGAUGCCACCACACUCACGUGUGUGCACAACUGUGGCCUUUUUUAUGUUGGUAAAAUAUCUCUUCAUAUUUAGUCUCCACCAUGGGGCUAAUACGUUAGAAACACCAAAUAGUAAAACAUGUUUCAACGAUCCUUGAUAUAUUCAACAGAUUUCAGUAUUCAGUGGUUCUGGCACCAUCAUGUAUUGCCAUCCUCUGUGCAACUGCAGCCAGGGAUUGAAUUAUAGUGAUCUGCUGUGAUGAAAUGAUACGUCAUACUUACAGAUAUCUGUACACUGUAAUCACAUGACAUAUACUCACAAUGUAAACUGGUUGUUGCAGCUCUUUUUGGUUCUGUGCAUCAAACUCAUAACCUGUGUUUACUAUGACAGAUUGUCAACAAACCACCAGGUGAUUAUUGUGUUCCCUCAUGCUGUCUUUGUUUAGUUCUGUCCCUGUUCAAACUUUUCACUAAUGUUUUGUUAUUUUCUUUGAAGCAUUGCUAACUUCCGUGAAGUUGUUUGUCAAAAUAUUUUGUGUCGGGAUCUCUGUUUUGUUUCGUUGUUGGUCGUAAUUUUUGGGAAGAAAUGAAACCGAUCCAUCAGUCUGUCUCUAUAUUCAUGUUUCGAGCAGUCUUUUCACUGCUGGUUAACGGUCUAACGAAUACAGUCCAUCAUCAUUAUGUGAUGGCUACAGAGGGUCAUGCAUUGGCCUAAAAGGGUCAGUGUUAUUUUACUGCAGUUUUGUGCACUGAAUGUUCUGUUUGCUGUCUUCUCCUGCCUGUGGGGGUGAAGAGAUUCGGGUGACGCUAUGUGUUAACUUGCAGCACUUAGAUAAACUCUCCUAUUUAUAAUAGGGUUUAUUUUGUUACGGUCUGAAAGGAAGCAGACAGGCUAAGUGAGACAACUUGACCAGUGAUUGAUAAUUCUUAAGGACUGCCCCAUACAUAUAUAGACAUACAGUAUAUCCAUUCUCUAAGCAUUACUGACAGGCUACUGUAUUUCUGUUGCUCUUCUGUUCCUGUUUCAGACUUUGACUUAAGAAAUUGUCUUAGUGUCAUAUUGUGUACAAUCAAUCAGCGGAAUCCAUUGUUGUCUAAUGGUGGACAGGGCCCUUUAGGGGAUAGGGGCCGUUGGGUAUAAGAUGUGGGCAGGACCAGGGGGUCUAUUAAGGUUUAGAACCUGGUCAAGUUCAAGGGUAGUGUUGUGAUUCUAGACCAAUCUAUCUGGCUCCUGUAGUUUAGAUUUGUUCCAGCAGGGAGUGCUAGAGCCUAGUCUCUGCAGCCCUUAGUGAUAGAGCCUAGUCUCUGUAGCCCUUAGUGAUAGAGCCUAGUCUCUGCAGCCCUUAGUGAUAGAGCCUAGUCGCUGUAGCCCUUAGUGAUACAGCCUAGUCUCUGCAGCCCUUAGUGAUAGAGCCUAGUCUCUGUAGCCCUUAGUGAUGGAGCAUAGUCUCUGCAGCCCUUAGUGAUAGAGCCUAGCCUCUGCAGCCCUUAGUGAUAGAGCCUAGUCUCUGUAGCCCUUAGUGAUACAGCCUAGUCUCUGUAGCCCUUAGUGAUACAGCCUAGUCUCUGUGGCCCUUAGUGAUAGAGCCUAGUCUCUGCAGCCCUUAGUGAUAGAGCCUAGUCUCUGUAGCCCUUAGUGAUAGAGCCUAGUCUCUGCAGCCCUUAGUGAUAGAGCCUAGUCUCUGCAGCCCUUAGUGAUAGAGCCUAGUCUCUGCAGCCCUUAGUGAUAGAGCCUAGUCUCUGUAGCCCUUAGUGAUAGAGCCUAGUCUCUGUAGCCCUUAGUGAUAGAGCCUAGUCUCUGCAGCCCUUAGUGAUAGAGCCUAGUCUCUGCAGCCCUUAGUGAUAGAGCCUAGUCUCUGCAGCCCUUAGUGAUAGAGCCUAGUCUCUGUAGCCCUUAGUGAUAGAGCCUAGUCUCUGUAGCCCUUAGUGAUAGAGCAUAGUCUCUGCAGCCCUUAGUGAUAGAGCCUAGUCUCUGUAGCCCUUAGUGAUAGAGCCUAGUCUCUGCAGCCCUUAGUGAUAGAGUCUCUGCAGCCCUUAGUGAUAGAGCCUAGUCUCUGUAGCCCUUAGUGAUAGAGCCUAGUCUCUGUAGCCCUUAGUGAUAGAGCCUAGUCUCUGCAGCCCUUAGUGAUAGAGCCUAGUCUCUGCAGCCCUUAGUGAUAGAGCCUAGUCUCUGCAGCCCUUAGUGAUAGAGCCUAGUCUCUGUAGCCCUUAGUGAUAGAGCCUAGUCUCUGUAGCCCUUAGUGAUAGAGCCUAGUCUCUGUAGCCCUUAGUGAUAGAGCCUAGUCUCUGCAGCCCUUAGUGAUGGAGGAUUUAUGUUGCUAAGCUACUGAUAAAGGGUUUAUUCAUUACGCUGAUUCUGUUGCAGGAAGCAAACGGAACCAAACGAGGAGGGACAUACCUGAAUUUGUACAAUAUAAACUCUCAUUUUAGUUGCAAAAGUAAUAUUUUGCAACUGUUUGGCUAAUGAUUACACCCCUGAACACAUCUUCAGCACGGAAUAUUAUGGGUCAUGAGCGCAAAUAUUUACAUUAAUGAAUAUAGUUUAAUGUAACUUUUCACCACAUAAAUGUGCUAAGGAGGGAUUUAUAAUUUGCUAUAAUGUGUUUAUGUUUAGAUUCAAUACCAAUAGUAUUACCCAGUUGGGAAGGGAAUGGGCACAUUUAAGAACAGGGAGUUAUGUAGGUAGAGUUCCCAGAGUGUUCCAGUGCCUGUCUAAUGACUCACUGGUGUAAUGAUCUGAUCGCACUGCACUUCCCACGUCAUCAUUGCAAGAUGUUCUUACUACCCACUAUCCAGCCAGUGCCCCCAGGUCAUGCAUGCUAGUCCCUCUUGUUGUCAUGGCGAAGGAGGAAGUACAUGAUUCUGUAGUUGUGAUACAACACACCCAGCCCUGUAAGUGUUCUGCACAUGCCCACUGUGUGGCCACGCCAAGUAUUUUAGCCUGCCUGCAGCAUUUGACUGUUUACUGCUUCUGAAAUGCUUUAUUAUUGAUAACGAUCAAUGUAUUAUUACUUACUACCAUCAUUGGUUGAGUUGUAGUACUUCACUCUGGAUAAGUCAAGUCUGCUUCUUCAGUUGAAUUUUGAACAUUUUCUGAAUAGUCAAAGUUAGCCGAGGAUGGUCUUGUAAGGUGAAAACAUUUGCCUGUUUGUCAAUUGUACAACUAUGACGGAACUGAUGUUUGAAUAUUUAUGUCUGUAUUAGACAUUUUCUUAGCAAAUCUAUUGUUCGAUUGAAAUGUAAAUGAAAUACAAGAUGGUGCACACAUCCAUCAUUAUUGUACACGGCUGGCACCAUCGUUAGAUGGACUAACUGCUCGUUUAAACAACAAAAUGUCAUCAGGUAUUUAAAUAAAUACUGAUAUAGAGGGACAAAUAAAGGUUUCAGAAUGAUGAAACUGGCUGAGACAGCAUAAAAAAAUGUCUAAAUGAAUAAUAUGUAUUCCAUUUAUUUCAUUUGAAAUAUCACUUUGUGAAAGGUUUCCCUGCAUUGCAAGGCAAUAUCCUGAACCGUAUUCUUAGUUUGAAGUAUUGAUUGUGUUCAGAUGUGACCAGCCAACUGCCUGACCUGUUGGUUGUCUUUGUGUGCUAUUUGCUCCUGCACUGACAGCUUGGCCAAGCAGAAUACUCAGAUACUUUUUUGAUGGACCAGGCAGACCUGUGAAAUCAGAGGGAGAUGUCAGUACCUGAAACUUUGCAUGCUACAAUAAAUGAAAAACAAACACAAAA